UAUUCUUUAAAAAAAUUGCCUAUGACCAAAUUAAGCAGGCUCUAACUGGCUCUUCGCCUUCCUUGGAAGAAAGUGAUUUAUCACUAGAUAGUCAAAAUGAUAUUAGAGAACUGACUAACGAGGGUGCUAAUGGCAAGGUAAAAGAUGAAAAGACCGCUAGAAAAAUAAGAGAUAAUAUAUUCGGAGAAAUUGAAAAAAAUAAACUUUUGUUCGAGGAUAAGAAAGUAUCGAGAGAAUUAUUUAUCGAGGAAAUAUCCGAGGCGAUGAUAGCAACGCUUAUCAAAAAUGAUGAAGAUUGGGAAAAAUUGGAAAAAUCUUUCAUCAAAAUUACCGACGAAGAAGGAAUAGAAGUUAUAAAUGUUGAGAGUGUGGUAGCGGCCGUAAAAAAUUUGGUAAUUAGUAAAUUAAAAGGGCAAAUCGAAGAAAAGAUACUUCACGCGAAAAUGGUAAAUGAACAAGAAGAAAGAAACGAUGAAGAGAAAGAAGCAUUGCGAGAGAAAGAAAAGGAACUUUGCACUAAUUUGGAAUUACUUAAGUAUGGACUUUACCUUUCAACUAUUCAAAAAGCCACCAAGUUUGAAGAAAUUAAUAAAAUUGAAGAUGAAAUAAGAGAAAAUGUAAAAGGAAAUCAUUUGCCGCCAGAAAAACCAAUCAGUAAUUUAUAUCAGGCUUUAAAAGAACAAGAGAUAGUUAUAAAACUAAGGGGUAUAAUUAACAGUAAUGUUCCUGCUAAUAUUGAAGAAAUAAACGAGCAGUUGGAGCAGUUAAAUAAACUAAGUAUUCAGGCCACUAAGGCUGAGCAGAAAGUUUAUAACGAAUUAAAAAAAGAGGUGGAUGACAAAGAAUUAGAGUUAAUGAAAGUUAAACAUCAACAAGCAAAUGGGGAAAUUGAAAAGCACUUUAAGUUCCGCACUGAUUUCUACAAGGUUGCUGAAAUUAUUCCCAGUCCGGAAAAUAACCAUGAAAUUAACGAAGAAGGAUUUGCUAGUUUGAACGGAAUAAAUUAUCUUUAUUAUGUAUGGGAUAUAAGCAGAUUGCAGGCAGAAAUAAUGCAGGAAUUGCAGGAUAAAAUUGAUGAAGCAAGAGGAAAAAUUGACACUUCCGCCCCUGAAGACCGAACUUCUUUACUAAGAGAGUUGCAGAAUUUCAAUGAGCAAUGGGUAGAAGAAAGUGAAAAUGAGUCAAUAAAAAAGGCACGAAAAGGAGCCCUAGUCCAAAAAAAAUCAAGGCUGGAAAAUGUAAUAGGGGAGUUAUUUGGAAGAGAAAUUCAGUCAAUAUGA